UGGCCUCGCUGGCUCCACCUCAAGCCCCCAAACCUGUGCUGAUUUCCUUGCUUGAAGGAGGGGAAGACCCCUGGAUCCCAGAUGUGCAUAGCCCUGAGGCCAUGCCAGGAGACCUCAGCCCAGCAGGAACUGGGAUUGCAGAUAUACUGGAGGACCUGCAGGAAAGUGGUGGGGUGGUGUCUGUGUGGAAGAAAUCAGAAGGGAUGUCCAAGGAGGCCUGGAGCAAGGUCAGGGUGAGCAGAUCAUGGAGCCACUGGGAAAGCGUAUGUUAAAGACAGGGAGGAGCCCGCUGGACUUCACCGUAGGUCAAAAGGAGCCUGAAGAACCCAGGAGCAAGAAUGUGUGCCAGCAGAAAACGCAGAAUCCAUGCACUGAGUGUGGAAAUAGCUUUGAAAAAGAUUCCAGCAUUGUUAACCACCAGUGCAUACACUCAACAGAGAGCCUAUGCAAGUUUUCUUAUUGUGGGAAGAGCUUCAAAAAGAAAUCCCAACUCACAUACCACCAAUGCAUCCACACAGGAGAGAGACCCUGCAAGUGCUCUGAGUGCGGGAAGACCAUAAAAACCCGUUUCCAGCUCACGUACCACCACCACUUGCACACAGGGGAGAGACCCUUUAAGUGCUUUAAGUGCUCUGAAUGUGGGAGGAGCUUCAAAAGCAGUUCUGAAUUGAAACUGCACCAGCGUGUACACAAAGGGGAGAGAUCCUACAAUUGCUCUGAGUGUGGGAAGACCUUCACAAGCAGUUGUGUUUUAAAAGUCCAUAUAGAGAGACCAUAUAGUUGUCCAGAGUGUGCAAAAAGCUUCAAAAGCAGUUGGGAAUUGAAACGCCACCAGCGCAUCCACACAGGAGAGAGACCCUAUAAAUUUCCAGAGUGUGCAAAGAGCUUCUAAAGGAAUUCUGAUUUGAAGAGCCAUCAGCACACGCACACAGAUGAGAGACCAUAUAGGUGUCCUGAGUGUGCAAAAAGCUUCAAAAGCAGUUCUGAAUUGAAACGCCACCAGCCCAUCCACACAGGAGAAAGACCCUAUAAGUGUCCAGAGUGUGCAAAGAGCUUCAAAAGUUGUUCUGAUUUAAAGCGCCACCAGCGCAUGCACACAGGAGGAAGACCCUAUAAGUGUCCCGAGUGUGGGAAGAGCUUCAGAAGGAAUUCUGAAUUGAAGAGCCAUCAGCACACGCACACGGGGGAGAGACCCUUCAAGUGUCCUGAGUGUGAGAAAAGCUUCAAACGCAGGUCUAAUCUCAACACCCACAAGCACAUCCACAGUGCACACAGGCUGUAAAGCAUCCCCAGGAUACGGGGAACCUUCAGAAACAGUUCCAGCCUCAUUACCUACCAGCAGAGCCACAUAAGAUACAGAGCCUGCAGAGCUCCUGUCAAUGGUUUACGGGCUGGUUUGACCCAGUUCUAUGACCAGCGGGCGGAGGGAUUUCGCAAAAUCUGUGCCCCUGGAAAAAAGGGAAAUAGGGGACCCCAAAAAAAUUAAAAACAGCGGCAACGACCUGAGGAGAAACAAACCGAU